AACAGGUUGUAUGAAAUUUAACUUACAUUUUAUGGAAUAGUAAUUUUCCUGAUUUCAUUAAUUAAGUGGAUAAGUAAAUAAAAAAAUUUCAAUUUAAUUUCAGUUUUACGAAUAUCAAACAUAGAAUUACCUUCCUGUGUUAGAACGCAACAUUUUUGAAGAUCUCAUCAAAUUGCAUCAGUUUCGAGCUCAUCACUUACUAGUACAGAAAAGAUUUUAAAAUAUUUGCAAGAUCAUUACAGCAGCAGCAACAUCAGUCAGCAAUGAUUUCCAGAGUCAAACAACUAACCGCCAAAUUGUCAGAAGAUCUGCAGCACUCCAAGCAAGACCUCUCCACGCUGAUCGUCUGGCGAGAUGUCUUCUGCGAGCUGAUGGUCACUUCCUUCCUCAUGAUCAUGGUAACACUCGUCCUCAUCACCAACAACGUUGAAGCCUACAAACCCGGUGUUACUCAUUUCGGGAUUUUCGCUGGAUUCUUCGUGUACAUGUUGCUGGAAGGCUAUGGAAAUAUUUCUUGUGUGGCUAAUCCUAUGGCGGCAUUUUGUUUCUACCUAGCUGGAAAGUUUUCAAUCGCUAAAACCAUCUUGUUCACUGCAGCUCACGUGACAGGAUGUAUCUGCGGAAGCGUCAUUGGUUACGAAUUGACACCAGCUGCACGUUUGGCGGAGCCAGGAGGUGCAUUCCAUGCAUUCAAUCCCGCCAACCACGGAUUGACAGUGACACAAUCCGUGUUUGUGGAAGCCAUUUUGUCAUUCAAUUUGAUAUUUGUGGUCCUCAGCUUGCACGGGAGUGAGUUGGGUCGUCCCUAUCCGAUCCUACCUAACUUGGCUAUUGGAAUCGUUAUUGGGACAUCUAUAAUGGCAGCUGGCACUCACACCGGAGGCUUCAUGAACCCCCUCAUCUCAUUGGGUCCUGCUUUCUUGUCACAUGAUUUCAAAAACCAUUGGAUAUAUUGGGUAGGACCGUACAUUGGUGGACCGCCGGCUGUUUAUGUGUACAAAAUGUUCGUGUUCAUCAAGAGAAGAAAUGACCUCAUGGCAAACGAUGUACUACUGGAGUCCUCACCUAGGUCGUACAUAAGCAACAGCGUGCCAGCAUCUGACGUGUUAGCCAUGUCCAUCGUACCAAACAUACGCACUUGUCAAUCAUCUAGCUCUCUGUAAACCAGCUAGCCAAUGAGAGUGGGAUAAAAAUUGCAAAGUCUACGUCGUGACGACGUUUUUUUGUUUCUAUGGUAACGUGAUUUGCGUCAUAAUUAGCUUAAUUUGUAUAUAGUUAAUUUUUAUAGUUUUUUUUUUAUUUUAUCAUUAACUAGACCGAUCGAUUUUAUCUAUAUAAAAUUUGUAUGAUGUAAAUUUAUUUGAAAUAUAUUAGUAUUAAAUUUUUCACAUUAAAACGUUAAACUUUGUUUUUAUGCAUAUUAAUUAAUUCAGCAAAAAUGAACAAAGAUUUAUGCAGGCGAUUUUAAAAUACAAAAAUGUUACCAAUUUUACAAAUGUAACUCAAUUCCUAAUUAAACCAACAUUGAAAACAAAAUACUCUCUCUA